UUCUACAAACCACCACCAGACGACGAGAAAUCGCUUUUGCGAAUUCCACGGUUGUAAUCUAUUAUCUCCACUGCUUUAGAACGACAGAGAGGGCCUCUAUGUACUUGUCAUCCACGCGUUUCGAAAACUCUGCAAUCAAUGAGGCUCAAUCAUUUCCAAAAGCUUUGAAGGAUUUUGGAUAUGACUUUGAUGAAGGCGGGAAACUUCGGAAGAUCGAUCCAAACACUAGGGAAACGACUAAUGAAGGAUAUGAGUUCAAUGUCAGUAGAGAUGUGCACUAUAAUCAGAAGCGUUAUGAGGCGUUGGGAGAGGUGAUCAAUCAAUAUGUAUACGAAUUACUAGAGAAAGAAGGAUUGAAACGACUACCAGUUCCAAAAGACUCCGACGCACCCCUGGAAUUGCGAUCAUUUAUAUUUGCGGAUGAUGAAGCUUUUACAAAUAAAAAAUUGAUGAUUUUGAUACAUGGGAGUGGUGUUGUGAGAGCAGGACAAUGGGCCAGACGAUUAAUUAUCAACGAUAAUCUCAAUUCUGGAACGCAAAUCUCUUAUAUACGAAAAGCAAAACAGUUAGGAUAUGGAAUCUUAGUUUUAAACACAAAUGAUAACCAUAGGAUAAUUAACGGGCACUCGGAAGAAAUCAAAGCAUUCAUAUCUUUUCAGGGUUCAGCAGAUCCCCAUGAACACAUGAAAACUGUCUGGGAUGAUUAUGUUCGACCAUCAUUACCAAAAGAUAUUGCAAUUGUUGCUCACAGGUAUGGAGGCGUUUGUACAGUAAAGUUUGCUAAAGAAAACCCGGAAGAAUUUGGAAAACAUGUGUUCGCAGUCGGAUUCACAGAUUCCGUUCACGCGAUACCCGGCAAAGAAUGCAGUCCCAUAGUACAGACUGGAAGAAAUUGGGUUUCUUCUGAACAUCCUUUGGAUACUCCAGUCGAUUGUGCGAGUGACGACGUACCUUGUAUUUCUGCAGGUCACCCCGUUCAUGAAAUGACAUCGUGGUCUUGCAUCGAAUCCCUCUUCAAAUUCCUUGAAGAACGUUAUGACAAUCGCAUCAAAAGAAAGGAUUAAUUUUUGCAUUGUACUUACUCCUCAUUAUAUCCCACUGACUUGUUGAUCGAGUGUGGUAGACU